GGUAUGUAACAACUAUGUCUCAUUUUGUGGCUACAAUUGCAUUUUAAUCCCUUCCAUUAGGGUUAGUAUUACCCAUGAUGCUUAUUGUUGCAAAUACUGAAGAAGUCCAGCCAUGCAUUCUCACUUGCCCACAUUUAUUUAUCUUUUUGCAAAUGGACCAAAGUUGCUCCUUCCUGGCUUGCCUCUGGUUUUAGCCAGGAGCCAGCCAGAUGAUUUAGGGUACAAGGGGUUGACUGUUGAUCAGAAUGUUGUUACCUCUCCUUAUGCAUCAUCUGUUUACCUUGGUUGGGCAGUGGCAUCUGCAAUUGCUUUAUUAGCUAGUGGCUUGCUGCCCAUCAUAUCAUGGUUUGUAACAUAUCGGUUUCCCCUCUCAUCUGGUAUUUCUAUUGGUAUAUUUGCAGCUGUUCUUGUGGCAUUUUGUAGUGUCUCGUAUUUGAAAGUUGUGAGUUUGAGGGUUGAUCAAGUCCUGAUGAAGGAAGACUUCUUGGCUGCAUUGCUUCCACUGUUAUGCAUUUUUGCAGUCCUUUCACUUUCUUCUGGUUUAUUUAAAUGGAAAGAUGAUAACUGGAAGCUUUAUCGAGGUGCCUAUAUAUUCAUUAUUAUUGGUCUUCUUCAGCUUGGUGCCAUUUCGGCCAUCAUAGUUACAGUGCAUCCUUGGAGUAUAGGAGCAACAUUUCUCUUAGUUCUCCUCCUUCUAGUUCUAGCUAUCGGUGCGAUUCAUUAUUGGGCCUCAAACUAUCUGAAAAGGGUUCAGAUGCUAGUUGUUUGUUUUCUAGCGUUUCUUGUGGCUUUGGCGGCCUUUCUUGUUGGAUGGUUUCAAGGUAAGAUCACUUUCUUAUAUAUCACUCGUGAUGAUAUGAUUCACAGAUCACCAUAUGACUCCUCGGAUAAUGACCAAUAUCAAUUUGCAUGCUUCGUAAUGCUUGAUUGGAUUUUUGGUUUGUUCCAGACAAGGCUUUUGUUGGUGCAUCCGUUGGUUACUUCUCAUUUCUUUUCCUACUAGCUGGAAGGGCAUUGUCUGUGAGUUGAUCAUUCUUGAAAUAAUAAUUUAGGGCUGAGAAUGGCUUGUUAUGUUG